UCUGGUGCAAAGGUGCAAUCUGCAUGACAGACCAUCUGCAUUGAAGUUCAACAAACUGUUGCCUACCUUGUGGGAAAAAUUAAAGUCCUGGAUUUGCAGAAGGCACCACACAUCAACAAUGUCAGCUGGAGAGGCCUUUGUCACUCUGGUCACCUCAGACUCAUACUGCAUGGGGGCCAUAGUGGUGGCUAAAAGUCUUCAGCGUCAUGGGACGACUCGCAGCAUUGUCGUCAUGGUCACACCAAACGUCUCAGAACAGAAAAGGCUCUCCUUUAGCAAUGUGUUUGACGAGGUCAUCAUGGUGGACAUGAUGGACAGUGAGGACCAUCCCAACCUGUUCAUGCUGGGACGUCCUGAGCUUGGCAUUACCUUCACCAAGAUCCACUGUUGGACUCUGACCCAGUACAGCAAAUGUGUCUUCCUGGAUGCAGAUACACUCGUUCUGUGUAAUGUGGAUGAACUGUUCGAAAGAGAGGAGCUGUCAGCGGCUCCUGACCCCGGCUGGCCCGACUGCUUCAACUCUGGCGUGUUUGUCUUCAGACCUUCACUCCACACCCACACCAGACUACUGGAUCACGCCCGACAGCACGGAAGCUUUGAUGGAGGGGACCAGGGCCUGUUGAACAGCUUCUUCAGCAGCUGGCCGGUGGAAGACAUCAGUAAACACCUGCCAUUCAUCUACAACCUCAGUGGCAGCUCCGUCUAUAGCUACCUCCCUGCUCUCCAACAGUUUGGACACAGUGCGAAGAUCGUCCACUUCACAGGAGCAGUGAAACCCUGGAGUUCUGGCAGCCAGAGGGACAAAGGCCCCUCAGACUCUAUGGGCCACUUUGUAUCACUGUGGUGGAAGGAAUACCUUCACCAUGAUUCAACAUCAUCAGGGAAACAGACCAGUGAAGUAUUGGGGAAACAACAACAGGUCCAAGAAGCGAAGAUGCCAUUUAGAGAAACCCUGGAUGGCUCCACUUCACUGCUCGCACAUUUUUCACCCCGCCCUGAGAUACUUCAAUCACCACCUCAACCAGAGACUUCUUCCCAUGCAGAUGACACAUCACUGAAGAAUGGGUCAGCAACAUCUGAUGACAGACAGACAGCAGAGAUCCAGGAACCAGAGGAGUUGGAGGUCAAUGACGGGGCCUUGGACUCAAAUCCUAAGGCUGCAGAAACGGAGACAGAGCGGCUGGAGCAUCGCAGGCAGUGGGAGGCCGGGCAGGUUGACUAUCUGGGCAGACAUGCCUUCGAAAACAUCCAGAAGAUGCUCGACCGCUUCCUUGACUAACCCAAACCGACCUGAGUCCUCUAGCUCGUUUUAAUUUGCUCCGAGGUCGAGUUCAGCCCUGAGGUCAAGUUCAGCUCAAUAGUGAUAACAUGACUGAAUAUCUGGGCUGUGAUGUUGGGAUUUGACAUGAUGUGAUGUUUCAUAGGCAGACACAAAUACAGCUUUCCCUACCACAUUCCAGUGUGAUGUAUACCACUUUGAGACUGAUGGGGGACUUAAGCCACUGUAGCAGUUCUCACUGAGACUGAUAAUAUAACCACAUACAUUGUACACUUUGGGGCUCCAACACUGAUUCAUGUCACUGUGAAUAAACUCUAUACACCAAUAUUGGGCCAUGCACCAAACUCAUUGUACGGUACCUGAUGAAAAAGUAUUGGUAAAUGGCUGUAAAACUGUUUUUUUUACAGAGUUGAGGUUUGAUUUUUGUCUUGUGUAAUUUCAAUUGUGCAU